GUUUUGAAUCGUGUGAUGAAUUUGAAUAUAAGUACUUCACGAAACGCUUACGGGAUCUCUUUUAUCUGCAAUUUCCAACUUGUUGACUCAGUUAGCUUGCUGGCGAAGUGCACUGGAAGGGACUGCAGAAAUGGAAAAAAAAAUGCAACUCCUGUAACUGCAGACCAGACAUGGAUGAGAAAAAUACAGUCUGUAGCUAACAACUGGAACUGCAGACCAGAAUGGAUGGAGAAAGUACAUCUUGUAGCUAGCUGGAACUGCAGACCAGAAAGGAUGGGGAAAGUACAUCUUGUAGCUAGCUGGAUGCAGACCAGAAAUGGAAUCCUCUACACCAGAACAUGGCUUCCUGUAACGCCUGUAACUGCAGACCAGACAUGGAUGAGAAAAAUACAGUCUGUAGCUAACAACUGGAACUGCAGACCAGAAUGGAUGGAGAAAGUACAUCUUGUAGCUAGCUGGAACUGCAGACCAGAAUGGAUGGGGAAAGUACAUCUUGUAGCUAGCUGGAUGCAGACCAGAAAUGGAAUCCUCUACACCAGAACAUGGCUUCCUGUAACGCCUGUAACUGCAGACCAGACAUGGAUGAGAAAAAUACAGUCUGUAGCUAACAACUGGAACUGCAGACCAGAAUGGAUGGAGAAAGUACAUCUUGUAGCUAGCUGGAACUGCAGACCAGAAUGGAUGGGGAAAGUACAUCUUGUAGCUAGCUGGAUGCAGACCAGAAAUGGAAUCCUCUACACCAGAACAUGGCUUCCUGUAACGCCUGUAACUGCAGACCAGACAUGGAUGAGAAAAAUACAGUCUGUAGCUAACAACUGGAACUGCAGACCAGAAUGGAUGGAGAAAGUACAUCUUGUAGCUAGCUGGAAGUGCAGACCAGAAUGGAUGGAGAAAGUACAUCUUGUAGCUAGCUGGAACUGCAGACCAGAAUGGAUGGAGAAAGUACAUCUUGUAGCUAGCUGGAAGUGCAGACCAGAAUGGAUGGAGAAAGUACAUCUUGUAGCUAGCUGGCACUGCUAGUCGUGACUCCAUCCUUCCAAAUUGUCUCGUUGACUAGCGACGCCUGGGCUUCAAGGUUGGGGGACAGCAGACCAGAAAAGGACACAGUGUUACACUUGCAUUUUGUGAAGUUGUUGCAAGAUUGUAUUUAGGAUGACACUAUCCCGAACAUGAUUGACAACGAAAUGUAAUUUGCAACCAAAUGUGUUAGCAGGAUUAUGGGGAGAAUAGCUUUAUAAAGGUUGUUACAAGGUGUUUUCUUUCAUUUAUUUAAUUCCUAGUGACUGUCUUCGCAAGGGUCAUUGUGAUCUUUAUCAUACAAUGGAGCUGGCCAUCACUACCAAUGUGGAGACCGCCUUAUUGCCUUUUCAUUUACAACGCUCUAAAUUGAAACUGCUACCCUAGGACAAAGUUUGUUAUAUUGACUGUAUUGAUUUGUGGAGUAACUGGAUGUUUGAAUUUAAUAAAGAGAAUUUAAAUGCG